AUGAGGAGCCUGCUGCUGCUGCUGCUGCUGCUGCUGCUGCUCGCUGCCACUGAGCGGGAAGACUCGGACGCGCCCCUCGAAAAAUGCCUCUCAGGGACCAAGUUACUACUUGGAUACUUGCAAGUUUAUAUUCUGGAACCUGGAGAUGCUCCUUUGUUACAGCAACCACUACAGACGUCCAAAUCUGGUAUUCAACAAAUAAUUGAAUGCUUUCGAUCAGGAACUAAACAGCUUAAACAUAUUUUAUUAAAAGAUGUGGACACUAUUUUUGAAUGUAAAUUAUGCCGCAGUCUCUUCAGAGGAUUACCAAAUUUAAUUACCCAUAAGAAAUUCUACUGUCCACCAAGUCUCCAGAUGGAUGACAACCUUCCUGAUGUAAAUGAUAAGCAGAGUCAAGCUAUAAAUGAUCUCCUAGAAGCCAUUUAUCCAAGUGUGGACAAACGAGAAUAUAUUAUUAAGCUAGAACCUAUAGAAACUAAUCAGAAUGCCGUGUUUCAGUAUAUUUCAAGGACUGAUAAUUCUACUGAAGUUACAGAGUCAAGCAGUCCUCCUGAAGAAGUUGAAGUUCAAAUACAGGAAACUACUAGCACUGAACAGUCUAAAACAUCACCCGUCCCAAAUACAGAGGUGGAAACUACAGAGCCCUCUCCUGUUGAGAUUGUGGCAGAUGAAGUUGCACCUGCGUCUGUUGAACAACCUCAGGAAUCACAGGCUGACUUGGAUACUUCAGACAAUUCUGAUUUUGGUCACCAGUUGAUAUGUAGUCUUUGUAGAAAAGAAUUCAAUUCCAGGCGAGGCAUUCGUCGUCACAUUCGGAAAGUGCACAAGAAAAAGAUGGAAGAACUAAAAAAGUACAUUGAAACACGAAAGAAACCAAACAAGUCUAAGGGACGCAAUAAGAAUUUUCUAGUUUCAUUAAGCAGGAGUUGUCCAGUAUGUUUUAAAUCAUUUGCUACAAAAGCGAAUGUAAGGAGGCAUUUUGAUGAAGUUCAUAGAGGACUAAGGAGGGAUUCAAUUACUCCUGAUAUAGCAACAAAGCCGGGGCAACCUUUGUUCCUGGAUUCUGUUUCUCCUAAAAAAUCUUUUAAGACGCGUAAACAAAAGUCUUCAAAGGCUGAAUACAAUUUAGCUACAUGCAAAUGCCUCCUUUGCAAGAGGAAAUAUAGUUCACAAAUAAUGCUUAAAAGACAUAUGCAAAUUGCCCACAAGAUAACUCUUUCUGGACCAAACUCUAAAAGAGAGAAAGGCCCUAAUAAUACUGCCAAAAGUUCAGAAAUAAAAGUUAAAGUUGAACCAACAGAUUCUGUAGAAUCUUCACCCCCUUCUAUUACCCAUUCUCUACAGAAUGAAUUAAAAGGAACAAAUCAUUCAAAGGAAAAAAAGAACACACCGGCAGCACAGAAAAAUAAAGUUAAACAAGACUCUGAAAACCCUAAAUCAACUAGUCUGUCUGCUGCAGGUGGCCAUCAAAAAACCAGGAGACCAAAACUUUCAGCUGGCUUUGACUUUAAGCAACUUUACUGUAAACUUUGUAAACGUCAGUUUACUUCCAAACAGAACUUGACUAAACACAUUGAGUUGCACACAGAUGGGAAUAACAUUUAUGUUAAAUUCUACAAGUGUCCUCUUUGCACUUAUGAAACUCGUCGGAAGCGUGAUGUGAUACGACAUGUAACUGUGGUUCAUAAAAAGUCAUCCCGCUAUCUUGGGAAAAUAACAGCCAGUUUAGAGAUCAGGGCUAUAAAAAAGCCCAUUGAUGUUGUUCUAAAUAAAGUGGGAAAAAGAGGCCCUCCGAGGGACGAGGCAAAACAUAGUGAUUCAAAACAUGAUGGCACUUCUAACUCUCCUAGUAAAAAGUACGAAGUAGCUGAUGUUGGUAUUGAAGUAAAAGUCACAAAGAACUUUUCUCUUCACAGAUGCAAUAAAUGUGGAAAGGCAUUUGCCAAAAAGACUUACCUUGAACACCAUAAGAAAACUCAUAAGGCAAAUGCUUCCAAUUCACCUGAAGGAAACAAAACCAAAGGCCGAAGUACAAGAUCUAAGGCUCUUGUCUGCCUCGGGAAGCCGUCUCCCCGCAGCGCCGCCACCUUGCGCCCAGCUGGCCCAGGGAACCGUUGUCCAUCGGCGGGCGCCGUGACCACGCGUCAGGCCGCCGCCAGCUGUCGCGCCAAGCUUCGUUGUGGUGCCGCCCGGGAGCGCCAGCACGCCUCUCGGGGCCGGGGCCGGGGUCGGGGCAAACCCAUGGCCCCCUGACCGCCUGCGCACCGACCGCCAUCUCCCAGGAGCCUCCCGAACUUGACUGCGUCCACUCCACUCUGCACCAGCGCACUCGCACUCCCGGAGUCCCUGGCGUUUGCUUGAGCACAGUAUCUCUUCGCCACCUUGCUCUGGACCCUGUCCCCCAGCUUGCCCCCAAAUUUCCCGCGCAGUCUCGUCCUCAGCAGAACCUUGUGCCUUAGGGCCUACAGGUGCGGAGAUUAGUCUCCGUGUUCCUGUUCCUUUCUUCUCCUGGCCACCUCCGAAAUCCACCGCAAGGCAGUGCUAGCCCCUGCCCCUCCUCAUAAUUUAUCGAUUUCUUGUUCGUUUAUGUAAAAAAUUCCUAAGACUGGCUCCUGGUUUCACCAUCACUGUUCUCAAAUCCUAGCGUCCAGAGGUGACCUCCACUCCACUACCCUCUUCCAAUCUCACCACAAUUCCUCCACCAAUCGAAGAUGAUUUGAAUGAUUAUACAGUUUAGGCACACUGGGAGCCAAUAGUGCACAAUAUUGAUGGAACUUAAACUCUUUCAUCCAGGCCUUCUCAUAAUUUUAUCUCUAGUAACAUUUCUUUGCUUCCCAGAGCCAGUCCUUUAUUAACCCUGUCCUUGGGAGAAUUCGCUAUAGGGUUCGAUUGGAAACCAUCCUCUCCCUCUCCCUCCUUCCUUCCUUUCUAAUAUUGAGCACAGUAUGGCUGUUAGUGAUGGCCCAUUCAAGCGAAACACUGGACUCUUCUAAGUUCCUUAGAUGGACGAUCGGCAGCCAAGCUAAAAGUCCCUCAGAACCAGGCUCUGGUUCUUCUUCCCUCAUCCUCCACUUCUUUCACUGGAGUGGAGUGGAGGCCUCCUUUCUCCCUUGCUCAAGACUCCUUCCCUUGUCCUUCGCAGAUAUUCUUCUAAUAAAACUCCUACAAGUUGAACCCUGUCUUGGUGUCUGCUUCUGGGAAGGAUCUAAAAUAAAAUGUUAUCAAAUAUUCCACUUGGAUCAUCAUCUUUUGUGCAUCUAUGUCUUAAUUCAUUAACCUCAUCCCCCCCCCCAAUGUUUAUUAGCUUUCCUCUUGAACUCCUUUUUACAUCCUUCCUAGAUGGCAUGGCCCAGCAAAUCAUUCUCCUUGAAAUACAGUGCUCUGAAUAGUCUUGAACCCCCAUUUCUUCCAGUUUGCAUUCCUGAUGAAAUCACAACUCUGGAUGAAUCUACGAUUUGUCUUCCAUGGGCCAGACUAGAAAACUCAGCAUUUUAUGUUCAAGAAAAUUAUAGAACUCAACCACUGGUUUAGCUUUCAAUGCUCAUCUCAAACUUCAGAGUGGUGCUGUUCCAUCCAUAGUCCUACUCUCACACUUCUGAUUUUUUUUUAAUUUCAUGUUUUUAUGGAUUUUUUUUUAGCUCUUCAACAUUUUCAGAUGCCCUCCAUGUUUACUUCACAAUUUAUUAAUAGAAGACUUUGUGCACAAAGGUUUUCAUCAUCCCCCCACAAGAUCUUCUCCUCCUAUUUCCAAACUAGCUACAGUGGUACCCUUCUUCCUCUGUGAAGGAAGAUUUAACAGUCAGCUUCUUCUCUUGUGCUUCAGAGUUUAUUCCCUUUCACCUUCCAAGAUUUUAUGUCCAGAAUUUUAUGUUCCCUCUUUUCUGCAUCUCCCAUUUUGUCUGUUUCAAAAUUAGCCAUUCCAUGAGCUGUAAACAUGCCCUCAGGGCCUCUCAUAUUAACCUAAGCCUGUCUCCUGCAUUCUCCAUCAGCUUCCUUCAUGGACUUCUUCCUUUGUGCUGGCUUUGUUUUCUUCCCUAAGCCUUCUUCACUAUUUCUCAUUUGCAACCCCAUUUUUUGCCCAAUAAAUGCAACAUUGGAUGAACACUGCCAGAAAAUACCUCAGAUCGAUGAUGUGGUUGAUGUUGACUAACUUUUGGUCCUGUUGCAUCUGGAAAACUUGUGUUGUUGCCAAAGUUUUCACCAGCUCCACAUUCAGCUACAGGCCCAAGGUAUAGGAAACUUGAGUCUAAUUGCUUUGCUUUUUAAUGUAUACCAUGACUUCAUUUUCCUCCAUCAUCAGUGUGGCCAUCAGGCACUUCUAUUAUUCUAUUCUAAAGGAUGCUUUUCUGCUUCCUUAGUUCUACCCAUCUCCAGGAUUUUUUGCCCCUCCUGAUGCACUCAUUGCUUUUCAGCAUUAUGUUCCAUAUCCUUCUACUCACUUGAAAGGUUAAGGCUUCUCACCUCUGUUCUGGAUCUUCUUUCCUAUCUUCUCCAUUGCUGUGGAUUUAAGUACCACUUUGUGCUAAUGACUUAAGUGAAUGUAAGUAUUAUCUUACACAAAUUUUAAAUUUCUAAACUCAACAUAUACAAUUUCUUAAUAUCUUUCUUUAGAUGACUCUUCUUCCAAAUUUUAUACAUGCAAAUUCUAAUUCUCAUUCUGCCCCAAUCUGUUUCUCUUCUCUUCCCUCUUAUAGUGAAUAUAGUACCACUACCAAAACAGUUGCCUGACCAAGAGUGUAGGAGUCCUUCUUGAAUCUUGUUCUGAAUUCUCAUGCAAAUUUAUCUUUACUCUGCUGUUUCUUUCUACAUUCAAUGUUAGCUUAGUCCUAAGCAGAAUUUCUGUCAUGCAACUGUUGUAACUUCCAAGUCCUACCUAAUCUUAACUCCCACUCCUGACUCCACUAAAUAUGUUCUUGAUAGAGUG